AUGUCUUGCGCCAAGUCAAGCUAUGAACAUCAACACUUACCCGACCCAGAAGCUAUGAAAAGAAGUUUGGAGUGUAAAGAGAUGCUCAAUCUGCAAACGGCACAGCUUGACCAGAAGGCUCGGUUUCUUCGAUACCAGGCUGCGCUCAUCUCUGACCUAAGAGAGCAAUGUGACCGAGCCAAAGCGCGUACGCGCACAGACUGGGACAGGCUGAUCGCAGAGCGAUUUGACAAGAAAGAGAGGGCGGUAGAAGAACUUGAAGCCCGUCAACUCGAGGAAGAAUUGAAAAUCCAAAAGGAGCACGACAUGGAAAAGCGCGCCGUCAUGGUACGACUGCGGCACAUGGAGGCCUAUUGCAGAAACCCCACGCCCCCUCCCACGCCUAUUGACGCGGUGUCAGGCAGGCCAUCAAGCGACUCUUCAUUACCAGAACGCAAGGUCACCGACAAAGACUACCACAGUCUCGCUCAACAAUAUCGCGAACGUGAUGCCAUGGACACCCUCCAUAUGUCCAAGAUCAACGUUCUUCGAGGCAAGCAGAAGAAGGCCGUGGAGAAUCUCAUGAAUAAAAAAGAACUUGAAAUCAACCAGUUGGAGCUGGAACUGCAAAAAGAACUCGAUGCCGUGGAGAAGGAGUUUUCCAACCAACAAUCAAGUGUGACAUUGAUUCUAGGGCAGAAGAGAGCCAGGCUGGAAGCAAGAUGGAGAACUCAAGCUCUAAUCGAGCGUACGAAGGUGGAAAAAGCGACCGGGCUUCAGUACGCGCCACUGCCAGACAUUGUCGUGAUUGACGAACUCGAACAAGCAGCUGACCCUCUAUGA